ACUAAAGUGCUGUGUUCUGCUAUGUUCUGUUAAUGUACUUUGCAAAUCCAUGACUGCAGGAACUGAACACAGCUUUUCAGCAAAAGGUCAAAUUUGAACACUCUAGCUUGACCGCCUCCAGCCCACUCCUUUGCAUGAGCAUGGAUACAACUCACACAUCACCUCUAGAAUAUUUAGGGGGCAUUGCCUCCCAGCUUGGGUACUGUCUUCAGGAUGAGAAGUUGGCAUUUCACUUAGAUGAUCAGGAUGAAUUAAAGCAUCUUAGACAGUGCUUUCAUGUUCCAAAAAUAAAGGAUAUCCCAACAACUGACCAGUCUUUGGUUAAUGAAGAAGAUGAAUGUGUAUACUUUUGUGGCAACUCCCUUGGUCUUCUCCCUAAGACUGUUAAAACCUACAUUGAUGAAGAACUUGACAAGUGGGCAAAAAUGGGAGUUCAUGGUCAUUUUACUGGAAAACGUCCGUGGGCUUUAUGUGAUGAGUGUAUUGUGGACCUUAUGGCUACAAUUGUAGGUGCUAGGAAGGAAGAGGUAGCAUUAAUGAAUGGUCUGAGUGUUAAUUUGCAUCUUCAAAUGCUCUCCUUCUACAAGCCUACAAAAGAACGCUACAAAAUUCUUCUUGAAGCCAAAGCCUUUCCAUCUGACCACUAUGCUGUUGAGUCUCAAAUACGAUUAAAUGGGCUGGAUGUAGGAAAGAGCAUGAUGGUGCUAUCUCCCCGAAAGGGAGAAGACAACCUACGGACAGAAGAUAUUCUUUCUGUUAUUGAAAAAGAAGGAGAUUCAAUAGCGGUGAUUUUGUUCAGUGGAGUGCAAUAUUAUACUGGCCAGUUGUUCGACAUGGAGAAGAUCACAGAAGCUGGACAUAAAAAGGGCUGUUUUGUUGGAUUUGAUUUGGCCCAUGCUGUUGGAAACGUGGAGCUGCACUUACACGACUGGGGAGUGGACUUUGCCUGUUGGUGUUCUUAUAAGUACUUGAAUUCAGGAGCCGGUGGUCUGGCUGGUGCCUUUCUACAUGAAAAACAUUCCAGUACUAUCAAACCUUCGUUAAUAGGAUGGUGGGGUCAUGAUUUAAAAACCAGAUUCAAGAUGGAGAACCACUUGGAAUUAACCCCAGGAAUUAAUGGUUUUCGAAUAUCGAACCCCCCUAUACUGUUGGUCUGUUCUCUGCAUGCAAGUUUAGAGAUCUUCAAUCAAACUAGUAUGGAGGCUUUAAGAAAGAAAUCUAUAUUGCUCACUGGUUAUUUAGAACAUUUAAUAAAAUAUUAUUUCAGUAAAUCAACAGAAGAACCCCAUAAGCCUUAUGCAGACAUUCUAACACCUUCUAAUAUCAAGGAAAGAGGCUGCCAACUUUCUCUCACAUUCUCCCUGCCCAUAAAAGCUGUUUUCGAAGAACUGGAAAAAAGAGGAGUUGUGUGUGACAUGCGGGAGCCAAAUGGAUUACGAAUCGCUCCAGUACCCCUCUACAACACAUUCCAUGAUGUGUACCGAUUUAUAAAAACUCUGGGAGAAGCAAUUGCAGCUGUCGAGAAAAGAUCCAUAAAUUUGUGCCAAUGAAAUCCUGUUGAAACAAACUAUGCUCAGAAAGAGUUGGGCAUUUUAUGUAGGACCUGUCGUAUUGACAUGAUUUUAACUCAUUUAUUGAUCAUUUCUUGAUUUCUGUUAAUUUAAAAGGUUCUGUGUGGUUAACAAUUUAUAAGCAAAGCCCAAUGCAACAGAGAUAUUGUAAGUAAUUAAGUAUAUAUAAAGUAAAAUGAAACUCAUUAAUUCA